AUUCGCAAACGAAGCUGCUUUUUUGUCGUCCGAAUCGUCGGAUUUAAUUUCGCGCUGCGUAAAUAGUUUAAAAAGAUGUGUUUAUAAAUUGUCCAAAUGACAAUAAACAUUUACGUAUGUGGAAAAUGAUAACAUACGGCUCUGGUAGUAAUUCUACGGCACUGGAGGAUACAGGUGAAGUGAAGAGUAUUUGCGAGAGUGUCGGAAGUGAUGGUUCCAGUGCUACAGUGCAGCCAGGGGCCGCUAAUCAGCGGCCCCGGAUGGAUAUUGCCUGUGUUUUGGAUGUACAUCAAUCCACACACCUAAGUCAUAGAAGAAGAGCGCUCGAAGAAGUUCGCCUGGCUUCUGACCUUGUAAACGCUAAUUUGCACCACAUACAUUUUGAAAAAUUGGAUUUUGGUGAGACCAGUGUAUUGGAUACAUUUUAUAAUGCAGAUGUAGCUUUAGUAGACUUAAGUCUACAGGUACAACAGAGUUCUCUUCUUUACCAUCUCGGAGUACGGGAGAGCUUUGAUAUGAAAGAGAAUGUUUUACUUUUUAAUGACAUUGAUGCUGAUUCUACAUUGCGUUUGAAGAUGUCACUGCCCAACUUUCUCUUUGUGUCAUAUAAAUUAACGGAAGCUGGAACUUGUGUGACAACUAACCCGGCAGCUACAAAAUUCAAAGGAGAAGAAUCUGCAGAUCCUAAGCAGCACUUGAUAUUUCGGUUAAAGAAUAUUCUGCAAGAUGUGGAAGUUCAGACCAAAGCUCAUCUUCAAGAAAAAUUCCUGUCCGAUCUCCGAAAAGCUCGUGAAAUAUACAGUGGCCAAGAAUUAGCGAAUGUGUUACAUGCAAUGAGGCGGAGAUUAGACGACCCGGCUGUUCUUUCCGGUGACACAAUUCUGAACAUGUUAAUAUCUUAUCGAGAAAUUCAAGAUUACGAUGCCAUAGUGCAAGUGGUGGAUGAUCUGAAAACAAUAAUGAAUAGGAAGAACUAUGUAAAUAUGCCUAUAAUUAGGUUUAUGUAUGCGUUUGCUAUGAAUAGACGAAACAAAGAAGGGGACAGGGAGAAUGCACUCAAAGUAUGUGUGAAAGCAUUGGAGAAGAAAGAGAAUCAGUUCCCUGACAUGCUAUGUCUUUGUGGAAGGAUAUAUAAGGACAAAUUCGUCGAAUCUCAGCACACGGACAUGGAGAGUUUAAAUAAUGCUAUUCAUUGGUACAGACAGGGUUUUGAAGUGCAACCAAAUGAGUAUGCUGGCAUUAAUUUGGCAACACUUUUAGUUAUAGCGGGAAAUGACUUUAAAAAUUCUCAAGAAUUACAACACAUUGGUAUGGUGUUAAAUCACUUGAUAGGUAAAAAAGGCAGCUUGUCGUCACUAAAAGACUAUUGGGACGUGGCGACGUUUUUCGAAAUAUCCGUUCUUGCGCAGGAUUACGUCAAGGCGAUACAGGCAGCGGAAUGUAUGUUCAAAUUGAAACCGCCCAAUUGGUAUUUGAAAUCUACAAUUGGGAACAUUGAAUUGAUAGAUAGGUUUAGGAAAAAGAAUGAAGAAAUAACACCUGAACAACAGGUUUUCUCAUUUUGGAUGGAGUAUUUUGUAGAGGCAACUAAAAGCUCAUGUGAUAAUAUUAUUCGGUUUCCAGUGCUAAUAUUGGAGACAACUAAGGUCUACAUGCCUUCAUAUGUGAAUGUAAAUAUGGGUGCGGAACAAAAGUCCGUGGAGAUUCUCAAUUUGUGUUUGGACUGUGAUUCUAUGAAAGGCACCUGCAGGAAGGUCCAUAGAUGGCUCUUCACCUCGGAAAUGAUCAGGACGUAUAGUUUAUACAAACGCGACGAACGCUGCCUCUUCCUGUACGUGAGUGAAAAUUCUGAUGACUUCCAAAUCUUCCUCCCGUCGGAAGCCUGCAGACAACGUCUCCACGACCUCCUGGGAGAACUGACAGCUGACCACGAGAAAGUAACUGAAUUAGAUACUAGCGUGAUGCAAGAUCAACUUAAGUUCGAAUAUGAGCUGGACGAUUGUAACAAACGCGUAGUCCUCGGAAAAGGCACAUACGGCGUUGUUUACGCUGCAAGAGAUCUCAACACACAAGUAAGAAUUGCAGUUAAAGAAAUACCGGAAAAGAAUCUGGGUGAUGUGCAACCAUUACACGAAGAGAUCAUGUUGCAUUCACAACUUCGACAUAGAAACAUUGUACAGUACCUAGGCUCUAUUUCUGAAGACAAUUAUUUCAAGAUUUUUAUGGAACAAGUGCCUGGAGGCUCGCUGUCAGCUUUACUGCGGUCUAAGUGGGGUCCACUGAAGGAAAAUGAAGCAACUAUAGCAUAUUACACUAAACAAAUAUUAGAAGGUCUAAAAUACCUUCACGAUCAAAAGAUCGUACACCGCGAUAUAAAAGGCGACAACGUCCUAGUCAAUACAUACAGUGGUGUCGUUAAAAUAUCGGACUUUGGUACUUCGAAACGGCUCGCGGGGCUUUGCCCUUCGACUGAGACAUUCGCGGGGACUUUGCAAUAUAUGGCGCCUGAAGUUAUUGAUAAAGGACAGAGAGGUUACGGAGCUCCUGCUGACAUAUGGUCGUUGGGAUGUACCGUAGUAGAAAUGGCAACUGGAAAUCCGCCAUUUAUUGAACUAGGAUCUCCACAAGCAGCUUUAUUCAAGGUCGGAUAUUACAAGACACAUCCGGAGAUACCGCAUGAGUUAACGCAGAAAGCGAAAAAUUUCAUUCUCCGUUGCUUCAUACCCGAUCCAGAGAAGCGCGCAACAGCCGCUGAGUUAUUAGAAGACCCUUUCUUAUGCGAAAAGAAGAAGCAGACUACUCGUCUAGGAGGCAAUAUGGAUUACAGUCGCAGUAUAUCUGUACCGGCGGACAAAGCUCGUCCACAGCUCGCACAGAAAAAGAUAUCCGAACCUUCUAUGCCUGGAAACUUGCCUAGUUCACCGGAGAUCGAGGUGAAAACGAUCCGGUCUAAUCCUACAAUCACUAGGACGGCUUCGUCGAUGCUCUCACCGAUUCUGAUUUACCCACCGGACUUGUCUAAUAGCAGCACGAUGCCUAAUACUCCGUCAACUGAUGAAAUGGACAGCGGUGACACUAUUUUGAAUAGGAGGAGUUCAUCGGGUGGAUUGCUAUCACCAGAGGUGGACAUGACAAGUGUACCUCGUUCGUCUAUUGACGUGGAGCACGAUGGCUUUUAUCUACUGAAAAAGGACUCACAACGUCGUCUCACUCUCUCCCGAGUGUUGGAACAGGAUAGUGAAAAAAUCUGUUCGAAAUGGAUGUUGAGCGUUCAGCAGGACUUUGGCAAUACUCUAUUGACUAUGAACCAUCUAGAAACCCUUCGAUGUGCACUCAAAGAUUAUAUAAUGGAUCAAAACAGAAACGUCAUUGAGCAAGCUAUAACUACCCUCAAAGAGGAACUAGAUUUUGAUGCAAAAGCGAUCAACGAGCUCCAUUCUGCCAUAUACAUGUUCCAAGAAGCUGUAAAUGCUGUACUCAGAAUGCAUAGCAUAAAGCCUCAUUGGAUGUUCGCCUUGGAUAAUCUUGUCAGAAAUGCUGUGCAAGCCGCUAUUACAGUAUUGUCUCCAGAACUGGGCGCUAAUCUCGCCGGCCAAGAUUCUCGUCGUGGACCAAGUAUAGGUGUUAGUGGAGUAGCCGACGCCGCCACACCUUCCGCUAUAUCCACCGCCACGUCCACCAGGGAUCAACAUCUGCAUCAGUUACGGCAAGAAAACCAUAAGCUUCAUCACGAAUUAAUAGAAAGCUACCAACAAUACCAGUCACUUUUACGUCAAAUGCUAGAAGAACAGCGAACGCAAACGCAAAUGAUACGGGAGCUUCUCGAAAGAAAGCCAAGGACUGAAACACCCGAAGAAAUAGACGAAGAACAAUAUAACGCAAUUCGUGAAUGGGCAUCGCGGAAAGGAAUCCCGGACUCUGCGGUGCGAGCUCUCGCCGCUAACGAUUACACGUUGAACGAUUUACUACGACACGCGCAACGGGAAGACAUCACGAGGCUAAAUUUAAAGGGUGGCGUAGAGCUCCGUUUAUGGCGCGCCAUAUUAGACCACCGUUUGAACAAUAUCAACCAUCUCCGUCGCACAAGCAGCACAGAAACAGACAUGGACACAAACUCAAUAGUAGUAGUGGAAUGUCAACGGUGUAAAACAACGCAGAGGACAAUAUCGAAUAACUCGUCGUGUUCAAACAACCCAACAAUAGUUAUAAGGGAUCAACAGUUGAACGGCGAAGGGGAUGCGGAGAUUUUCCCAGAGAAUGGUGUCGAUAAUCCUUGACUAUUGCGCGGGUGGUGCACUCUGCAAUGAAGAGCUCAAAAUGUGAAAAGCUAUAAUCGAUCUUAGAUCUAUAGAUAUUAAAACGUUUUUCAUAAACAUUGUUAAUCAAUUCUAUAUACGUUAAACUUUAAAUAACGCUUACAAAUGCAGAUAAAUUUGAAUUAAAAGCAAUAUUAUUGCAAUAUCUAGAAAGAAUUUAUGCGUUGUAGGUAGAGUUCAAAAUUAAUUGAAGUAAUUUGACAUAUUUUGGUAACCUCACAUGCAGCCGUGUUUACGUUCUUACUACGUGCAGAACAAUAAUAAGAAAUUACGUUACUAGAAUUACUGUUUUAUGUUGGUCUUAUUGAAAUUGGUAACAUUUAAUUUCACGUAUUUCGUAAUUUAUUUAAUGUAGUCUUUUAUGAA